UUACACUUGGCACAAUGCAGUCAUGCAAAUACCAUUCUCCUGGCAACCACCAAACUCAGACAUGUCCAUCGGAUUGCCAGACAGAGAAUCUUGAAUCAUCAUUCCAGAGAACAUGUCUCCACUGCUCUAGAGUCCAGUUGCGGCUGGCCAAGUUGCUGUUCUUCCCAGUUGUUUUUACUUUGUUAUAUUACCACUACAGUUGACCAUGGAAUAUUUAGUAGCAAGGAAAUUUCAUGGAUGGACUUGCACAGGUGGCAACCUAUCACGGUACUGUGCUUGAAUUCACUGAGCUUCUGAGAGUGACCCAUUCUUUCAAAAAUGUUUGUAGAAGCAGUCUGCAUGCCUAG